AUGUCACUGCACACCAACCUUCCCACUAUAAUGAGAAUGUAUGGUAGGAUUUGUGAAGUAACUUCUCGAGUUACCGGCUGGGGUGGCCCAUCGACCUCAAGCAAGGAGUUUGAAGAUUGGGCAAUGGAGCAGCUGAAACUUGCAACAGACUCUGAAAAAGCACCCGAGGCGUCAUUUCUGAAGGUUCUGGCGGGGGAAAGAAUUUCUCCAGAGUCUGCCUUGUCAGAAGGCAAGGAGAUGUUAGGCCCUGGCACUGAUACAACCUCCGCCACGCUCGCGCAUAUACUGUGGGCACUAUCCCUCAACCAGACCUUGCAAAAUGAUCUUGUUUCAGACUUGAAGGCUGCGAAUUGGACCACCGAUAUGACGGAACUCGAGUCUAUACCAAGACUGACAGCUUGCGUGAAGGAGGGAAUUAGAUGGACUGGAGCGGCAUCAGCCAUGCUACCCAGAAUUGUACCGACGGGAGGAUCGUUGCUUGCUGGAAAGCAUAUUCCUGGCGGUACUAUGAUUUCCAGCUCGCCUAUCUGGUACCUACAUGAUGAGACUGCUUUCCCUGAGCCUUACUAUUAUCGGCCUGAUCGAUGGCUCGAGAAAGAGAGUGAAGACUCGACUGUUCUGCGCAACGAUUAUUAUAUCCCGUUUUCCAAGGGUCCCAGUACCUGUAUUGGCAAUCACUUCGCAUAUUUGGAACUUUACCUAUCUGUCUCCCAGAUCUUAAAAAAGUAUCAUAUUCAACAACUGGAAAAGUCCAACGAUGUUGAAGCAAUCCUUCCCCCACGACGAGAAUGGGUUGCUGCGGUUCCUAUCGGGAAAUUGCAGGUUGUUAUUUCAAAAAGACUCUAG